AUGGCAUCCGAAGCAGACCAUAUCCUCAUCACGGGCGCUGCCGGCUUCAUAGGCCAGGAAAUGAUCAGCGCCCUUCUCCUUUCUUCCCCCUCAAUCCACCUCACGACAACAGAUAUCACGAUCCCACCAAUCCCGCCAAAAUCCCGCCCCCACGCAUCCCGCGUUACAGCCCUCCAGACAGACCUCACCUCCUCUGAGGCAGUCGCGUCCCUGCUCGCACACCACUCCCGCUUCAACACAAUCUACCUCCUCCAUGGCAUAAUGUCCGGCGGUGCCGAGGCGAACCUCGACCUCGGCCUACGCGUCAACUUCGACAGCCACCGCUUCAUCCUCGACGCCCUCCGCCAGGAAACAUCCCCACACCGAGGCACAGUUGUUGUAUUCCCUAGCUCCCUGGCCGUCUAUGGCCCCGCGGGCCCGGGGCAGGUCAACACCGAGGCGACGUGCGCGAUGCCGCAAUCCUCGUACGGCGCGCAAAAGCUCAUGAUCGAGACGCUGCUCGGGGACUACUCGCGUCGCGGGCUUUUAGACGGGCGCAUCGUACGGCUGCCGACGAUCAUUGUGCGGCCCGGGGCGCCGAGCGCGGCGGCGUCGUCCUUUGCGUCGGGAAUAGUGAGGGAGUCGCUCAAGGGUGAGGAGAACGUCCUCCCUAUGCGUCCGGAGCUGGCGAUGACGGUCGUUAGCAACUUGGUGGCGGUGAAGGACAUCCACCAUGACAGAUUUGGGCUGUCCAGAGUCGUCAAUCUGCCGGGCGUUACCGUCACGGUUGCCGAUAUUCUCGAUGCUUUGGGGGCUAUAGGGGGUGCAGGAGCACGAAAUCUGGUCAAAGAGGAGAGGAACCCACAAAUCGAGGCAAUUGUGGAGAGUUGGCCGGCCUUCUUCGACAUUUCGAAAGCGCUCAGCCUGGGACUUGCUCAGGAUGGGGAUCUGGUCACAACUGUCAAAGAUUUUGCCGAACGGCUUCGAGCUGAAGUUUAG